AUGAAAACUUAUGCUGCUUUUGUUCAUCGUUCUAAAUACGUGAAUCCUUUUUUUGGUUAAUAUAAUUUAACCCUAUAAAAUAUUAGAACUAAAAAUUAAGAAACUCCGAAUAUAUUUUUAUGUUAAUCUGAAAAUUAUGCAGUUAUUCCAGAGCCAGCCUAGUUAAGAUAAACUGAUCUAUUUUUUUCAAAUGACACCUGUGUUUACAAUUAUUUUGACAAUCUUGGAAAAAAAUUUGACCAGCUUUAUGCUAAAAGAGCCUUUGUUCAUUGGUAUUAUGGAGAAGGAUGUGAAUCUGAAGAAAUGUCUAUAUAUAGAGAAGAUUUAUUUGCCCUUUGCAAAGACUAUGAGGAAGGAUGCAAUUAAAGAGGAUUUGUAGAUGAUGAAGAAAUUGAAUGA